AUGAAUACGGAAUGGGAAGAGGAGGAAGACGACCCAACUUACAAGAGGGAAUCCCCAGUGUUCAGCAGACUUCCUCCAGAACACGAAGCAUACAAACCAACCAAGCGCGCGGGGUACAACCCCAAAGCAGAGCAUGAUUACACCUUGAGCUAUCGUCCUGAGGACAUGGCUGAAAAUUCAAAAUUCAUUCGAGAAAUCGCGUGCGCGGCCAUCGACAAAACGAAAUUACCACACAACGUGGGUAAAUACAACGGGUUGACGGACCCAGAUGAUCACCUCCAGGUGUUUAAAGGUGCAGGAGCAACAGGCGGAUGGAACUUACCAACAUGGUGCCACCUGUUUGCUCAGACAUUCGUUGGCGCGGCGCGCAUUUGGUUCGACAACUUACCGGCGGGCAAAAUCAAAUCAUGGGUUGAUUUCCGAGAGAAGUUCCUGGCACACUUCUCUCAGCAGCGAAGACAAGCCAGAGAUCCGGGUGAUUGUCUGAACAUAUGGAGAAAAGACUAUGAAAGCGUAGAAGAUUUCAUUACAAGGUACAACAAAGAAUGUCUAGAGAUCGGAGACAUACCAGAGAAAAUGAUGCGCGCACACUUCAUGCGAGCGGUCAAGUGCGACGAUCUGGUUAAAAGAAUCAAAGGGCGAGAUGGAGGACCCAAAGACUGGGAAACCUUCAUUGAAGCGGCCAAGACUAUUGCGCAGACAGACAGGCAACUGACCGGUGACGAUCACCGUCAACGCACACACAACCAUAACGAUCGAAACAACAGAAGAGGCAGAAAUCAACCCUGGAGGGCUUCUGGGAACAGAGAAAGAAGCCCCCCACGGGACGAUGCAUGCCAUACGAUCAAUCAGAUAGCCCAUCGAAAAGAAGUGAAGCGCGAAAACAGAGAAAAGCAGUGGACUCCACUAACCAAAACACCUUCUGAAGUUUUAGCCACAGAGAACCAUCAGUUCAAACCACCCUUGCAGAUGCGCAACAAAAGGGGUCAAGACCCAAAUCUUUUCUGUGAAUUCCAUAAAGAUACGGGCCACUUGACCGAUGACUGCUUUAGCCUAAAGCAAGAAAUCGAAAGAGCUCUAAGAGACGGAAAGCUCAGUCAUUUAGUCAAGGGAGGAAAGCGCGAUUACCGCCAGAUACAACGAAGAGACGAAGGUCCAGACAACAAGAAGCUCAGAAAGCUAGAAACUCAUAUGGUGCAAGGAGGUCCACGGCGACCAAGAAAAAACUACAACAAGCGCGCGCAGGAUGAUUCAUGGCGCGAGAAGCAGGUGGUUUUCCCAGUUGUCAGGGGAGGCCCAAGAGAAAAGUGGCCAAUAGUCAUCCCAGGGGUGAUCGGCCACUACCAAACAUAUUACAUCUUUAUUGAUCCCGGGAGCACCGCGGACAUCAUAUAUGAACAGUGCUUCAAUCAAUUUGACCAAGAGGAUAAGUCGCGCCUAGAACCAGUCGAUUACCCACUAACUGGUUUCUGCAACGAGGUCGUCUUUCCCCUAGGACAAAUAUCAUUCCCAGUAUUGCUUUCUGAUGGGAGAAAUUCAAGAACCGAAGAAGUCACAUUCAUGGUACUACCGGCACAUUCAAGACAUGACAUCCUUUUAGGAAGAGAAUCCCAAGGAGAUUUCAGCAUGAUCUGUUCCGCACCACAUUCUGCCAUAGGUUUUCCAACCGAAACAGGCAUCGCGUUGAUAUACGCAAGCAAAGAAGUGCUAGCAACAGAUGAAAUCAGACCGGCAAAAGCAAGCAAACAGGCACCGCGCAUGGAAGCAGAGAAAUGGGUAUUGAACAGCGCAUACCCAGAACAAACAGUCACUCUGGGGCCCGCAAUGUCUGACCUAACGCGCGCGGCGCUAAAGAAAUUAUUGCACGAAAACAUGGACGUGUUCGCCUGA